AUGGGCGUUGGGCAUCUUUUUCUUUAUUGGCUGAUUGGUUACUUGAUCAGAUUGGUCUUUAAUCUUUUGUUUAAGCCCAUAGUGGUGUGGGCUGGGACUUCCGGGACGCCAUUAUAUGAAAACUGAGCUAAGGUUCAAGUAAUCUCUUGUAGAGCAUAGUACAGAUCUUAAACAAUGGUUUAAUGACGUUAGGAGAGGGUGACCAUAUU